AUGAAAGGUGUGGGUACCAUUGACGGCAUAUUCGUGUUAAGACAAACCAUGGGAAAGUGCAGAGAGAAACAAAAGGUACUCCAUAUGGCAUUCAUAGACUUGGAAAAGGCCCAUGAUAGAGUGCCAAGAGAAGAGGUCUGGAGAAGUUUGAGAGGGAGAGGUGCCCCAGAGAAGUAUGUUAAGAUAAUCCAGGAAUCGGACAGGAACGCAACAACCAAGGUGAGGAGUACAGUUGGAACUACGCAUAGCUUCCAGGUCAAAGUCGGACUCCAUCAAGGCUCGGCACUAAGCCCAUUCCUUUUUAAUACAGCGUUUGAUGUGCUAACGGAAGCAGUUAGAGAAAACCCACCAUGGUGUGUCCUCUAUGCGGAUGAUGUUUUAGUGGCAACAAGUAAGCGCGCUCUACAAACCAAACUCGAGAGAUGGAGGCAGGCUUUAGAAAAUAGAGGUAUGAAGAUAAGCAGAAGUAAAACGGAAUAUAUAACAACAAAUGGAGAAGGAGAUCAACAAGACACGAUACAGUUAGAUGGAGUGAACAGAUAG